AUGCCUGGCCAAUGCUACCAACGCUCAAACCGAUUGCACUGGAAUCGACGUCAAAUGUUUAUGUACGAAUUCGGCCUAUGUAAAUGCGCUAUCCUGUUGUUUGGCGACGUCGUGUGCACCGUCGGACCAAGGCAUACCUCGACCGCCACCACUAACCCCUUAGUGACCACGAUAUCUGGUGCCGUUGAAUCCGCUUUGACCUCUUUCAUCGGCAAUGACCCUAUCACAGCGACGUUUAAUGGGCGCCCUCUUCUCACAGGCACCUGCGCACAACCCUAUUUUGCUCAGGCUACCGGCUCAACGGGCAUGAUUACCGCAUUUCCACAAAUUGGCUGCUCCCACAACUUGGACGGAUGCUGUCCAUUUGAUAGCUAUCAAAAUGCCGUCCUCACCAGAUGUCCGCAAGAUUAUUCGACGAUUGCAAGUGCAUGCUGUCCUUCCGGCUGGCAAAUAUACUUUACAGAUCUUGGAGGCCAGACACCCUGCUUCACGAGGCCAACCAUUACGCACAUUCCGGCGACUACAUCCACUGUUGCCGGUCUUAGUGUGAUCACAGAACAUGUCUUUACCAGGAAGUAUGACCUUUCAGACGGAGCCAUCCAAGGCUCCAGGAGCCUGGGAACCGGGGCUAUUGCUGGCAUCGCGGUUGGAGGAGUUGCUGGGCUUGGCGUCAUUGGCGCUCUGAUCUUCUUUUACCUGCGGCGCAGAAAGGCCCAAAAAGCGCCGCAGACGCUCGCCACCUUUGGAGGUGGUGAAGGAGAGAUGGUGAUUGCAUCACCUGCAACCGCCACGGCUGAGCUCGCCAGCCCGCACACGUUGCCAAAUUCUCCUGGAUCUGGCAGAAGUGCCUGGAUCUCGCCCUCCUCUCCCCCAGCAUACGAACACAACGUCGACUCUUUCCGUGCAAAAGCACGAACGGUUGCCCAAGAACUGCCUGGUAGUACGUUCAUCUUUGAGCAUCACCCUGCAUACGCAGGGCAAGAAGACCAGUCGGUGACUGUUGCUCCCUCUUCGCCACCAAGGACGCCCGGCAAGACCCCACCGGGUUCUCCUCACGCGAAGACAACUUCCUCUACACAGGUGGUAUCGCCUGUUGGCAGCCCCUUGCAGCGAUGA